GGAAUUGGGUGUCCAGGGAAGACAAUCAGCAUCAUCCUGCUCCAGUUACAAAGUCUCCAAGGACACUCCUGGACUCCUUCUCCCCAGGCCCCUGGAUGGGGUGUGAUGCCCCUCACCCUCCUGCUGCUGCUCUGGGGGCCCCUGGCCCUGAUGGAGACCCGGGCGGGAUCCCACUCCCUGAGGCUUUUCUACACCGCGAUGUCCCGGCCCGGCCUCGGGGAGCCCCGCUACAUCGCCGUGGGCUACAUGGACGACACGCAGUUUGGGCGGUUCGACAGCGACUCUCCGGGCCAGAGUGCGGAGCCACGGGCGCCCUGGGCGGGGCAGGUGGGGCAGGAGGACCUGGACGAGGAGACUCAGAACCAAAGGGACAACGCGCAGUGGCUCAAAGCGCUCCUGAGGGACCUGCGCGGCCGCUACAACCAGAGCGAGGACGGGUCUCACACCCUCCAGAGGAUGUUUGGCUGUGAAGUGGGGCCAGACCUGAGCCUCCUCGGCGGGUGUGACCAGUUCGCCUACGACGGCGAGGAUUUCAUCUCCCUGAGCGAGGACCUGCGCUCCUGGACCCCCGCGGACUCGGGGGCUCAGAUCACCCAGCGCGCGUGGGAGGCGGCGGGCAGGGCCGAGCGCGUCAGGCACAGUGUGCAGAGCAGGUGCUUCCCGCGGCUCCGCAGACUCCUGGAGACGGGGAAGGAGGUGCUGCAGCGCACAGAUCCUCCAAAGACAAACGUGACCCUCCACCUCACCUCUGGCUGUGAGGUCACCCUGAAGUGCUGGGCCCUAGGCUUCUACCCUGCGGACAUCACCCUGACCUGGCAGCGAGAUGGGGAGAACCUGACCCAGGAUAUGGAGCUGGUGGAGACCAGACCUGGGGGAGAUGGAACCUUCCAGAAGUGGGCGGCUGUGGUGGUACCUUCUGGAGAGGAGCAGAGAUACACGUGCCUUAUGCAGCAUGAGGGGCUGCUGGAGCCCCGAAUCCGGAGAUGGGUGCCCCCUCCUCAGCCCUCCAUCCCCACUGCGGGCAUCACUGCUGGCCUGGUUCUCCUUGGAGCUGUGCUCACUGGAGCUGGGUUGGCUGCAGCUGUGAUGUGGAGGAAGAAGUGCUCAGAGGGACAAAGAGGAAGCUACACUCAGUGUACAGCAGAAACAGUACCCGGAACUCUGGGAUGUCUCUCAUCCCCUAGGACACACCAGAGGGGAUCUGUGAGAGGGACAUUCUGAGGAUGCAGUGGACUAUUGAGAAUGUUAUCACUUAAGGUGAUUCACCUGAAUUUCUUCAAUAUUAUUUUCCUUCACCAAGUGUGAGAGCUCUACCUUGUGUAGAACUGAAUGUUAUAGGAUUUCUCUCACCCCCAUUUUGUAACUUCAGGAUCCUCUGCUUUAUUUAAUUUUAUUUGUUCUCCAGCUGUCGGUGAUUGAUAUAAAUUUUUAAUUAAAUCUACUCAUUGUUAAU